AUGGCAAAACUUACGACCGAACUACGAGAUCGUGUGGUGACAGCGCGUCAAGGUGGUGGACAAGAGGCCCGAGCUCGUCAUGAGGCACGUGGUAAGAUGCUAGUACGUGAACGCAUUGAUUUGUUACUAGAUUCUGGGUCACCCUUUUUAGAGUUGUCGCCCUUAGCUGCCUACGAUAUGUAUGGAGGGGGUGUACCGAGCGCUGGGAUUGUUACAGGUAUUGGCCGCAUCAGUGGCAUCGAGUGCAUGAUUCUGGGCAAUGAUGCUACAGUCAAAGGAGGCACGUACUUCCCCUUGACUGUUAAGAAGCAUUUACGAGCACAAGCGAUUGCCCAGGAAAAUCGCCUGCCUUGUAUAUAUCUUGUAGAUUCUGGUGGUGCCUUCUUACCACUGCAAGCCGACAUAUUUCCAGACCGUGACCAUUUUGGAAGAGAGUUUUAUAACCAAGCUACCAUGUCGGCUCUAGGUAUUCCUCAGAUUGCUGUGGUUAUGGGCAGCUGUACUGCUGGUGGAGCUUACGUACCGGCCAUGUCGGACGAGAGUGUCAUUGUGAAGGGAAACGGCACUGUAUUUUUAGGAGGACCUCCACUUGUGAAAGCAGCGACUGGAGAAGUAAUCACACCCGAGGAAUUGGGUGGCGCAGAUAUACAUUGCCGUAUUUCUGGUGUGACCGAUCAUUAUGCCAACAACGAUGCCCAUGCAUUGGAUAUCACGCGACGUAUUGUGAGUAACUUGAACUACCGCAUACAGCCUGCCGUUACGCAAACAUUAAUUGAGGAGCCACUUUACUCUCCAGAUGAGCUUGGAGGAAUAAUUCCUGUGGACUCUCGCAAGCCUUUCGAUGUGAGGAAGGUGAUUGCCCGUAUUGUCGACGGCAGUCGUUUUGACGAGUUCAAGAAGGAGUAUGGUCCCACCAUUGUCACGGGCUUUGCGCGUCUGUAUGGGAAUCCUGUUGGUAUUAUUGCUAACAACGGCAUUCUUUUCUCGGAGUCAUCGGUGAAAGCGGCACACUUCAUUGAGCUAUGCUGCCAGCGUGGCAUUCCCCUGCUAUUUCUUCAAAACAUCACGGGUUUCAUGGUUGGAAAGAAGGCAGAGCAUGGUGGCAUUGCAAAGGACGGUGCUAAGAUGGUCAUGGCCGUUGCAAAUGCCAAGGUACCUAAGAUCACUUGCAUCAUUGGCGGUUCCUAUGGUGCAGGCAACUAUGGCAUGUGUGGUCGCGCAUUUUCGCCUCGCUUCUUGUAUAUGUGGCCGAACGCUCGAAUAUCCGUCAUGGGUGGCGAGCAGGCGGCGCGUGUGCUCGCUCAAGUGCAGCAUGACAACUACGAGCGCCGUGGGGAGACUUGGUCUCCUGAGGAAGAAGCAGCAUUCACGCAACCUAUUCUAGACAAAUACGAGGUCGAGAGCUCGGCGUAUUAUUCAACGGCACGUCUCUGGGAUGACGGCAUUAUUGAUCCAAAGGACACUCGCAAGGUGCUUGGACUAAGUCUUAGCGCUGCGCUGAAUGAGCAACCACAGGACACGAAGUUCGGCGUCUUUCGAAUGUGA